CUUUACUUUUCUAAAAGCUCGCAACCGAAGAUAAACCCAGACGGCAUUUUUGAAAGUCUUUUGUUGCACUGAGAGAAGAUGUCGGGGCAGAGCAUUACCGACCGGAUAACUGCAGCCCAGCACAGUGUAACGGGAUGCGCCGUGUCGAAAACAGUAUGCAAGGCCACCACUCACGAAGUAAUGGGCCCGAAGAAGAAACAUUUGGACUAUUUGAUCCAUUGCACCAACGAGAUGAACGUGAACAUUCCCCAACUGGCUGACUCGCUGUUCGAGAGGACCACCAACACCAGCUGGGUGGUUGUGUUUAAGUCGCUUAUCACCACACACCACCUCAUGGUCUACGGCAACGAGCGUUUUAUUCAGUACUUGGCUUCAAGGAACACACUAUUCAACCUCAGUAAUUUUUUGGACAAAACUGGGUUACAAGGUUAUGACAUGUCCACAUUCAUCAGGAGGUAUAGUCGAUACCUCAACGAGAAAGCCGUUUCGUACAGACAGGUUGCAUUUGACUUCACGAAAGUUAAACGCGGAGUGGACGGCGUAAUGAGGACCAUGAAUACAGAGAAGCUGCUCAAGACAAUCCCCAUUAUUCAGAACCAGAUGGACGCACUCCUCGAUUUCAAUGUCAAUGCCAACGAGUUGACUAAUGGAGUCAUCAAUGCAGCCUUCAUGCUCCUCUUCAAAGACUCCAUUCGGCUCUUUGCUGCCUAUAACGAAGGCAUUAUCAACCUGCUUGAGAAAUACUUUGACAUGAAAAAGAUUCAGUGUAAAGAAGCUUUGGACAUUUACAAGAAGUUUCUCACCCGAAUGACCCGGAUAUCAGAGUUCCUCAAAGUCGCAGAGCAGGUGGGCAUCGAUCGAGGAGACAUUCCAGAUCUAUCGCAGUUCACAGUUUGUGCUCCCAGUAGCCUUCUAGAAGCUCUGGAGCAGCACUUGGCCUCCUUAGAGGGCAAAAAGGUCAAGGACUCAACUGCAGCCAGCAGGGCCAGCACUCUGUCAAAUGCAGUGUCAUCACUCGCCAGCACGGGGAUGUCUUUUACCAAAGUGGAUGAGCGGGAGAAGCAGGCAGCUCUGGAAGAGGAACAGGCUCGACUCAAAGCGCUGAAGGAACAGAGGCUCAAAGAGCUGUCGAAGAGACCCUCCUUCGCUGCCACUGAUACAUCGCCGAUCUCCACCACAGGUGGCACUAUCAGCACGGCACCAUCCAUCGACCUCUUCUCGACACCCAGCUGCUCUAACGGUGCAGUGAAGAUGGAGAGUGACCUUUUUGACCUGCAGUCAACUUUCCAGCCCUCCGUGCAAUCCGGCUCAACAGGGCCUGCAGUGGCAACAGCGUGGGCAGAUCCUUUCACCUCUGCUGAAGCUGGAGAUGAAUCCAUGCCAAACCUUAACCCUUUCCUCUCAAAUCCCGUUGUCGAUGCCACUCACUUACCCGCCGUGUCUUCAGACGGCGUUAGCUUUUCCUCUAGGACAUCUGGUCAUGAAAUGUUUGGUGAUCGUUACAAUCCCUUUAUUGACACAAACUCAUCCGUUUCAACCAAUUACAAACGCACAGUGCGGAUAGAACACUCCAUCUCAGACUCCUUCUGUGGUCCAGUGUCCAUUGCCCAGCACCUCCCACACCAGGCUCCAUUCCCCACUGAGCCCUCUACUGUAGCAGGUCUAUUCAGAGGGUACUCGACGCCACAGGGCCCUCCACCACAGUCAGCAGGUGGACUCCAAGUGGACUUUGAAUCCGUCUUUGGAGCCAACGCAGCGGGCGGCAACAGCCUCAACUCUGAUGAUAUUUCUGGGGGCAUCUUGAAACCGACUCUUCUCGGCUCCAACCUGGCGUCUGGUCAGCUGCCAGACAAGCUGGUGUCAGAUGACCUCGACUCCUCCCUGGCCAACCUUGUCGGCAACCUCGGCAUUGGGAAUGGUACUAUGAAAAAUGACAUGCACUGGAGCCAGCCGGGGGAGAAGAGGAUGACCGGCGGCACCAACUGGCAGCUCAAAGCGGCGCCGAGCACCACCUGGAACCCCGUUUCCAUGCCAUCGUCAGUCAUGGCCUUCCCUGCUACCACACCCACUGGCAUGAUGGGAUAUGGCAUGCCUCCGCCCAUGGGCAUGAUGAACCCGCCCACCAUGAUGUACUCCCAGCCUGCGAUGAGGCCUCCCAACCCCUUUGGCUCCGUGUCGAGUGCUCAGCCCUCCGCUGCCUCUAGUCCUUCCAGCCAGAGUCCUCUCCGAGCCCCUGGACAGGACCCGUUUGCACACCUCUCUCUCAAGGAUUUCUUGUAGAGCGUCUCUUUAGCCUGUUGCCUUUCUUGCAGAUGCAGUUCAUGUAAUUUGAAGAAAAGUGUCUCUCGGAUGAUGGAGCACUUUGCAGCAAAGCUUUGUCCUCGUUGCAGUCUAACUCUUUUCGGAGAAACGUCCCCCCCCCCCCCCACACACACACACACCCCCUCUAAAUACAGACACGUGAACACAAUGGUGCAGCGAAACCAUGGCAACCAUGUCCAAAUGACAUUUGGCGAUUGCGCACACCUAUUAUUCUGUAACUUGUCCGAGACAUGGAGCGAGGCUGCCGUCUAAACCCCCUUAAAAGAGGAUUCCAUAUCCAUUUUACAGUGUAUUCUGUAAAGAUCGAUAUGGGUGCUGAGAAACUUUGAUGUUAUGUAUUUGGAAAUACUGUGUUUGGAUGUGAAGGCUUGAUGCUCAGAGGGGAGGAGAAGGUUCCCUCCCUUUCUUGAUCCGAUCAUCAGUCCUCCGCUCCCUACAGAUAUUUAACUGUCACAAAGUAAUGAUGCUAAUGGCGUUUACACCCGUUUAGUUUUUGUCUUUUUUACAGUGUUUACAGUAGACAUUCCUUGUGUGUUGAUUGUAUUUAUUUAUGAUUAUUGGUUUAAGAUUGGGAGGAAAAAAAUAAUGUAAAAUCGACAGUCCAUUGACCACCUGUGGGAGUGCUUCAGCAUUAAACAAGGAUCUCAGACUAUCAUUGAGAGGUAGAGUUAAGAAUAGCUAUUAUAUAAAUUACACCUGUUAAGCGGAACGAUAGAGCACUAAAUAUUCUACGAGUUUUGUGUUAAACUUUUUCACUCGAGGAAAGAUUUCACAAUCCCCUAAGUACUUAAAAUGCAGGGGCUAGAGUACGAGUCAGUUACCAGGAUGUAGUCAAUUCUGUGCCUCGGGUUUUUUGCAAUGGAUCAGUUUCCGGCCUCAAAACACUUCUUCCAUGAAUCUGAAGCGUCCCACCGGGUGGUGGGCUCCAGUUGCUUUAAGCUUGGCAUGCCGUUGACUCCCUGACCGUAUUCAAGGCUGCCUUUACUCUGAAUGUGGAAGAGUUGUCUUCAUGUUGCACACAUCUUUCCACACGACAGUUCCUCUGCGGGAGUGGGCGGGUCGGGGGUUGAGGCAGCGCAGUGCGUCCGCUGGUUGGUUAGCUGUCGCUACGCUAACGGGGGGGGAAAGGGUCACAGAUUUGAUGUAAAUGAAUUGUAUAAAACGAUCCCGAGGACCAGGGUGGCGUGGAGGAGCACUGUUGAUCGGUGCUUCAUGUAUAUAAACACUGACUGUUCUUUGAGUUUCAAAAGUUGAAAGAUGUAUGAAAUAUGAAAGCAAUUCAAUCAAAUUUGACUCGACCUAAGUUUGAUUCAGGAUAUUCUCUGCGUUUGUCUGCGCAGAUAUUUUCUUUAUGUCACUAGAAUGAGUAGCAGACAAUGAUGACUGACGUCUUUUCUUUCUUUUACAAAUAAAGAGCAGCUUCCACAAAC